AUGCCAAUAAAUAUAACGCUUGAAAGAUUUUACAAAAUGUUAUGGCCACAACUUAAUUGUACUCAAAUAAAAAUUUACUGUAAACUAUCGCGAUGUUCUAUUUAUAACAUAAAAUGUGUUAAUCGUUUUAUUUGCACAAGCUCAAAACGUAUAGAAGAGAAUAGUAUAUUGAAUAAAAGCAGAACAAGCUAUUACAUAAAUAAUAAAAAUAAUAAAAAUAAUAAAAAUAAAAAAAAUUUCAUUAGUGUUGUACACAUUGGCAAAUGUAACAUUUCUGAAAAAGGUGUUAAAACAAUUAAUAUCGAAAAUACUAAUGAUGACACACAAAAUUUUACAAGAAAUUCCCUUAUAAAUAUGAUAAGUGAAAUAAAAAUUGGAGAUAUAAAUAAUGAGGAAAAAAUAUAUUCAUUUUUAUCAAAAUUGUUAAAUAAAAAAUAUAGCAAAGAAAGCUUUUUAAAUUUACUAAGCUUAACUGAAUUUUAUAAAACAUCCAUAAUAUAUAGUCAAAAAAAUAUAUUAUUAAAUAAAAAUAUAAUAAAUAAUAUCUUAAAUAAUAUUAAUUUUAUAAUUAAAAAUAAAGAUUAUAAUUAUAUGUUUAAAUGCUUUGAACUUAUGUGUAUAUAUAAAAUUAGCAAUUUAAAAAUAUUCCAAAAAAUAAUUUAUUUUAUUCUUAAAUAUAAUAAAAAAGACGAAGAAAAAAUAAUUACUAUGAAUUAUAUAAUUACAUAUUUAUAUAAUAACAAAAUAUAUGAUAAAUUAAUAUGUAUAUUAUUAGUUAAAUAUAUAUUCUCAAAAGAUAAUUAUUUUUUUAAUUUUUUAAAAAAUCAAAAUAACAUAAAACAUAAUUUUUUAUCAUUUAUAAUUUAUAUAACCAAAAUAAAUGAUUAUUUUAAAGAAUUACAAAUAUUCAAAUUUUUGAAAAUAGACAAUAUUUUAAAGAUAUAUUCUGAUUAUUUUUGUUAUGAAAUAAAAUCAAAUUUAAAUUUUAUUAAUAAUAUUAAAGACAUAAUUAUAUUACAAAAUAUUUUUUUAAAAUGGGAAUUUUAUGAUUAUAAUUUUUAUUUAUUAAUUAAAGAAUAUAUAAAUUAUUCUUUAACUUAUUUGAAUAUAUCUAAUGUUCUACAUUUGAUGUCGAAUAUGUUACUAACCUUUACAACAAAUGAUAGAAUAUUAUUUGAUCAUCAAAAUAUUUCUGUGUCUAAUUUAAAAAAAAUAGAAAAAAAUAAAACACACAAUAACAGUUCUAUACCAUAUGUUAAUCAUAAUUACAAAAUUUUUCUUUCAAAUAAAUAUUUAAUUGAUUCUAUAAUUAGAACAAUUGAUCAUAAUAUAUCAAAUAAUACUCAUGAUAUAGAUAGUGUUUUAAAAUAUAUAACAUUAUCAUCAUAUUCUCAUUUUAUGUUAUAUCAUAAUUGGUGGUUAAAUACAAAUAUAUAUGAUAAAUUAAAAUGGAAAAAUAAAAGAAAAAAUAAAAAAAAUAACAUAAAAGCUCUUAUCCAAUCAAAACUACCAUUUAAAAAUCAUUUUAACGAAAAAAUUUCAUAUCUUUUAAAUAUUGUCCUUAUUAAAUAUAAUUCAAUUAACACAACAAAUAAUAUAAAUAACAAAUUCGAAAAUAAUUUAUCUCAAUUCAGUAACCAUGAAAACGAUUUUAUUUCUAAUAUGAAUAUAAAUUAUACACCCUUAAUUAAUAAUAAAUAUUUACCAUAUAUUUUUAAGACAUUUAUAAGAGCUUCAUUAUUUGAUUAUAAUUUAAUUAAAAAUGAAAAAUUUUGUUUUUUUUUUGAAAAUUUAUUUACAGAAUGUGUUAAUUCGUAUAUAUCAUUAUAUGAAAAUCAUGAUAAAAAUAUUAUUGAUAAUAUAAAGAUUGAGGAAAAUAAUUUGUGGGAAUUACAUCCUAAUAAUAAUAAUUUUAAAAUACAAGAAGAAAACAUACUAAAACAAAAAAUGAAUAAAAAAAGCUUAUAUGAAAUAAGUUCGAUAUGUGAAUGUUUUUUUCUCCUUAAAUAUUUUCAACAAAAAAAUAAAAAUAAAACAAUCAUAAUUAAUACACAAAUUAACAUACCAAAUGAUAUUUUUGAAAAUAAUUUGUACAUUUUUUUAGAUCGAAUUAAUAGAAUGUUUUUCAACAACAAAUUAAAUAAUUCUGAUCUUAACAGACAUUAUAUUCAUAAUAUAUUAUUUGAAAAUUAUUUAAAUCAUGAAAAUUAUUUUUUUAACUAUUAUUUAUUAUUGAGAAUAUUAUUGCCCUUAAUAUUUAACAACACUCUUGAAGAAUGUCUAAAAAUUACGAAACAAGUUAUUGCACACAUUAUCUCGCUACCAUUUGUUAAAAAAUUAUUACAAUUACCACCUAAUAUUAUAUCAAACUCUUCAAAUUAUACUAAUAAUAUUAACAAUACUGAUUUAAAACUUAGUAAUGAACUCAUUUUUAAAAGAUGGUAUAAAUGGGAAAAUAAUAUCAUAACAAUAAAUAAUAAAAGAAAAAUAAGAAAAAAAAUAAAAGAAAAAAUGAAUAUGCUUGAUUUUAUACAGGCAGGUGAAUUCAUAAGACCAACAUAUAUCUAUAUCUUAUGUUUGUAUAAAAUUUCAAAAUCCGAAUAUAUAUUUGAAUAUUUCUUAAAAGACAUUUCCAAAAUUUAUACCAUACAAUUUGAGACAGCAAAAAAUAAAAUGACAAAUUUUAUUCAUUCAUUAUAUGAAGAAAUAAAUAUAAGUACUUUUAAUUAUAUCACUAAAAAUUCACCUAAUUUAAAUAAACAUACACUAAAGAGCAAGGAAAAAAAAACGCCAAUGUAA